UCUCUCUCUCUCUCUCUCUGUACAAAAUCUCAUUGCCUAAAAAACCAGAUUCUUCGUUCAAAAUGACAAGCGUAUCCGAUUUUCUUCUCUUCAUCUCUCUCCAGCACGUAUUCAUCUCAGGUGUUUUAUCAGCUUCAUUCACCUUAACCAACAACUGCACAUACACCGUAUGGCCCGGUGUAUAUCCUCAAACCAAAGAGCCACUCUCACCAACAGGCUUCGUCCUCCAAAGGGGCGAGUCCAAAACGCUCUCCAUUCCCAACAGCUGGAGCGGUACAUUCUGGGGCCGCACCCAUUGUACGGUCGACCCUUUGGGCAAUUUCGUCUGCGGGACUGGCGAUUGCGAAUCCGGCAAGCUAGAAUGCACUCAGACCGGUGGGGAACCUGUUACGCUGGUCGAGUUUUCGCUGAAUGGUUUUAGUGAUCCCGACUUUUAUGACGUCAGCUUGGUGGACGGGUUCAAUUUGCCUGUUUUGGUGGUCCCGCAGGGUGGUAAUGGUAGCUGCAGGAGCACUGGAUGCGUGGAGGACCUCAACGUGGCGUGCCCCUCCGAGCUGCGUGUGCCGGUUGAGGGCGGGAAUGAGAUCAUGGCCUGCAGGAGCGCGUGCCAGACGUUCGGUGGACCGCAGCAUUGCUGCGGGCGUAUUUACGGGACGAACUGCACCACGACUUCGUAUUCGAAUUUCUUCAAAGAAGCGUGCCCGCGGGCGUACAAUAAUCAGUUCGACGCCACGGAUACAACGUUUAGAUGCGCCUCCACGGCGUACGUUAUCACCUUCUGCCCUACCAUUGGAAGUGAGAAACCAUCUAAUGCACCCAAAGAGCUACCGCUCGUAAACAACACCAUGGUCUCCGUGGACGGUCACGAUGCCAGCCACGCCUUGCCGCGGUUCCAGCAUGGCCAGCUCCUUGUCCUCGCCGUAGCAGUUUUGGGCGCAUCGUGGCCGUUGCCGCUGUUCUAAAUCCGUGUUAGUUUAAGAAAGCUUGUACAUGUGAUACAUUAGGCUGUGGCCCACCAUUUUGGCAGAUGUGAUAAGGCCUGAUUGUAGGUACAUGUGUGUAUAUAUGUGGACAAUAUAUAUGGCCUUAGAUAGUUGCUGAUUAUUGAUUCGACGGCUUGAAAUUACUGCAUGAGAUAGGGAUACAAUUAAAAUGUUCAGAAAAAAUUGUAAAAUGUGAGGGUGGUCUUCUCCCAGU